UGCACACCCAGUCCCCCUGACGUGCCCAAAUUAGAUUGACCCUCUGUGAUGUGUCUUUCAUAUUCUGUUCACAAAAUAAUUGAUAAAAAUGGCAGGGCUUGGGAGGUUCCCUGGGGUAGAUCUUCCUCCUAGAAGAAGAAAACGGACCCAACGUCACGAAGUUUAUGCUAAUUACAGAGAACCACCUCCGAGGGAAUGGCUGGAGCCAUCGGUGAAUCAAGUGAGCUCCAUAGAUUGGGAUGAUGCAGCUCAUAGAGCUCGCAGGAGGCUAGAGAAAAAGCUUGGUUAUCACAAACCCUCCUCAAGGAGUAGAAAGGGUACUGCAAGUUCAAAUUCAAAACUGUUGGGGGGGGUCACGGGGCUUCUUCUCUCUGAGGGUCAGCAGAAUUGGAAAUCAAAAGGAAGGAGAAAGAGAGGCUUGUGGUAUUUGUUUGGAAGAUUUUGAGGCAGAAAAACAGGCCGUGGAUCUUAGCUGUGGCCACAAGUUCCACUCCAAUUGCCUUCUUCCAUGGCUUCACGUCCAUCCGGAUUGCCCUUACAGUAGGACCCCUGUUCGUUGCUCUUAAAUUUCAGGGAUACCAAAGGGAAUCGACUGCGCAGUUCACAUUCUUGGAUCAUUGUACCAAAGCAUAUUGUAACUCUACAUGUGUGGUAAAUGUACUAGUUAGUAGUUUGAUGGUUUCCUUUUGUUCAAGUAGCUUUUAGCUCGAGUCUAAGGAGUAUCUACUUUUGCAUCCGAAGCUGUGUUUGAUCUUUUUCCUUGUGUGAGUUAAAAACAUUGUCAACCCGUGACUUAGUACUAUGAUCUAAAAGUAUUUCUCUUCA